AUGGCCAAUGAUGACUUUAAUGAGUGUCUCAUGCGAGAUGUUAUCGACGAGUCUUCCAUGUCAGACGUCAUUGACGGGUCGCCUGAGCCAGAGGGCUUUGAUGAGUCUCCUACGGUAGACUCUGCCGAGUCUCCCGCGACAAGCUUCACUGAAGAGUCUCCCGAGCCAGAAUCCCGCGCCGAGACUCCCGAGUCAGAUGAUGACGACUUUUCCUUGCAUCAAUUCCCAGAUGACUUUGACGAUUUUUCUGUGCAAGAUUUCUUCGAUGAGUACCCUGCGUUCUCACUUGACGAUGAAGCUUUCCAGGGGAGACCCCUCAAGGGCAUGUGGGACACAAUCAGGCACCAUCUUAAACAACCCAACCAAGAUCAUAAGACGGCUCUGUCGCUCAUGCAUCUAGCCACUGACUUGGCCCAAGCGAACUCGGGACGCUUUGGUUCUUGGGUCAUCAAAAACAGACCUCUCGAGCCGCUUCUUGAUUUCUUCAGAUUCAUGGAAGGCCACAAGCGCGACAUCCUCUACGAGACUGCCGUGUUCAUGGAAUCCUUCCUGAUGAUGACGAUCCUUGACCACAAAGCAAAUCUUCGCUCUCCAAUUGCGGUGCAAUAUAGCUCCGCGCAAUCCUAUGACGACUUUUGGAACUCAUACUUCACCGCUGGGGGCUAUUCCAAGGUGGCCAAAAACUUCAUCAAAUAUGACAACCGGGGAGUCAUCUACUUGGGCGAAGACGAGUUGACGGUCUGGAGUGGUGCCAGGCGCGCCCCAGAAUUUGUUGAAGAUGAUCUUUACUGGGUAUUCGACGGCGAUGCUGCCCAGGAGGGGAUUGUGCAGUUGCGCAAUUAUAUCACGACAGAUCAUGCUGCGUUGUACAGGCGCUCGUGA